UCUACCCGUACAUCACCACGUAAUCAGUUGCAGCAUCCAAAUCGCUGGGUCGUUUAACUUUCGUAAUUUAUGUACUCGGCUGGCCAGUAAUCAGUUCCAUAUUCCCAUCGAAGGUUGUACUCCACGUAAUUUCCAUUUUAAAAAUAGUUUCGAAAGGCAGAGUCGCGCCAACUCGUCGGGACCCAGUAGUUCUUGGAGAAGGGCAAGCACGAAAUGUGAGCGGGGUAGUGGUAGCGUCUGGCGAGUAUUUGUUGCCGUUUGCCCGCCGGCGAGGAAUUGCGUGGAUCGAGCUACGUCUCUAGCUUCCCAGCUCAAUUGAAAGUUCUGAAUGGUAUCCGCAUAAGCUCGACACGUUCCUGAUUAGAUUAGUUGUGAUUAUCGCCACACCGACAAGCCGAACCGUACAUGACAUUGUAUUGUGCGGCUUAUUCUCCCGAUAGACUUGGAAUUACGUGUCAGAUCUAAAAUGAUGGCACAAUUAUUGUUUUCAGUCAGUACAGAAGUAACGCUGUAACCGCCAGUAUCGGAUCGGACCGCGUGACGUCACCCGACUUCCCUUGAUUUGCACUAUUGUGAAUUGGCGGGAUAAUCGCAUGUCCUUAAACCGUCGCACAGUAGCGCUCGAGGUUGCCAGCCGUGUUUGUCAGUUGUCAAGUUGACAUUCUUGUUUGUGUUGGAUUUGCACGGUGACCGUGAAUUGGAGUUCGCGAGAUCUGGGGGCGUUUUUCGCAAUCAAAUUGAGUCGACUCGAUCCAGCUGCUCGGAUAUUUGUGCUUUUUUGUUUUGUCGCGAAUUGUGGAAUCUUUCUAAUGUGAACGCAUGUGGUAGGAGCCGAGAACGUGAUCAACGCUACCCCCAAACAUCCCUUACACCAAUGACCUGAAUGGAGCUGCCUGAAAACAACAUUCCCAUCCAUCGCCGUAUUGUAAAUGAACCCAAACUCCCGAUUCCUAUAUAACCCUUGAAGAAUCAAUUCAAUGAAUGAGUGCUUAAUGGUCUGCUUCGUAGUCUAGCACUCGCACGUGUCGUUAUCGUUUGGCAGGAGGCGGGCGGUCGAAGCAAUUUAUCUGUGAUUGUUUUUUAUUCAAUUUGUGAAUUCCGUGUAUGUUUGUCCUAGGCCCGGCGCGGCAGUCGUCGUUGACACGCCACGUGAAAGUUGCUCUGCGUCCGUCGGUAACGCACAGCGAGAAUGUCGUUAGUGCGGCAGUUUCAAGGCCUAAGUGCUUGGAUACGUGUACUGAUACUAUUCGUCCUGAUAUGGGCCUUCCUUAUGUACAUAUUCGCCUCGAAGCUGGGCUCGACGUCAAUUACAGAUCAGGACACGGCCCUGCUCCGGCGACUGAACGAAGCGAUCCAAGCCCUCGAACAAACAAAACAGAAAAACAGCGAACUCAAGGCUCUAAUCGAUGAUUUCAUGAACGAUCAACCCAAUUCGCCAGCAGCGCAAAGAUUCCUGGAGAAUCUGGAAAAUCGGCUGCAACAGCAGCCCGGCGGCUCCCAUCGUUCCGCCCUGCCAAUUGCUCCUGGCGAGCCAAGUAUCGAAUAUGAACAACUCCGGCGACGUGUCCGCCAAAACACCCAAGAGUUCUGGAAUUACUUCAACUCCGAACUGCAAAAAAUCAAAAAGAAAGUAGUCAAUGAUGUUCCGGAAGUCGCGGAGCAAGUGAACAAUAUACUUCAAUUGGGAGCAGAACAUAAACGCUCGUUACUGAGCGAUAUCGAUCAAAUGCGGACGGUGGAUGGUUACGAGCAUUGGCGGCAACGUGAAUCAAAUGAGCUGAGUAAUUUGGUGCAAAAACGUUUACAUUAUCUACAGAACCCGGGGGAUUGCAAGACGGCGCGAAAAUUAGUUUGUAAGCUCAAUAAGGGUUGUGGUUACGGUUGCCAGUUGCAUCAUGCCGUUUACUGUUUCAUUGUGGCCUACGCUACCGAACGAACCUUAAUACUAAAAUCAAAAGGAUGGCGCUACCAUAAAGCUGGAUGGGAGGAAGUUUUUCAACCGAUAUCAGAAACCUGCUCGGACGUUGAUGCCACAUAUCAUGCAAGCAACUGGCCGGGUCAACAUGACACACAAGUUGUCAUAUUACCAAUAAUUGAUUCGUUAGUGCCACGGCCACCAUAUUUGCCUUUAGCCAUUCCAGCCGACUUGGCACCACGUUUAAUGCGCUUGCAUGGUGAUCCGAUUGUCUGGUGGGUGGGACAAUUUUUAAAAUAUUUACUAAGACCUCAAGGUGCCACGGAAAAUAUGCUCAAAAUAGGAAUGGAAAGAUUAGGAUUUAAGAAACCGAUAGUUGGUGUUCAUGUACGACGCACAGAUAAAGUUGGCACCGAGGCUGCCUUCCAUGGUAUUGACGAAUACAUGAGAUACGUGGAAGAUUACUAUCAACAAUUAGAAAUCAAUGGAACAUCAGUUAAACGACGUGUCUUUCUGGCAUCUGAUGAUGCUCGCGUGCUAGACGAGGCACGCAAAAGGUACACACAAUACGAGAUAAUCGGGGAUCCAGAUGUAGCUCGUAUGGCGGCUGUUUCAACGCGUUACACUGAUUCGUCCCUAAAUGGAAUUGUCCUUGAUAUUCACAUGCUAUCGCUAUGUGACUAUCUUGUCUGCACGUUCAGUUCACAAGUUUGCCGAGUAGCUUACGAGAUCAUGCAAACGCUGUUCCCGGAUGCGUCGGAUCGUUUCAAAUCGCUGGACGAUAUUUACUAUUACGGAGGUCAAAAUGCACACAAUCGUGAAGUUGUAAUUGCACACAAAGCGCGAAAUCAUGACGAGAUUCAUAUGAAGGUGGGCGAUUUGGUUGGAGUUGCUGGAAAUCACUGGGAUGGUUUUUCGAAGGGGAAGAAUACACGAACGAAUCAAAUAGGAUUAUUCCCAUCCUUUAAAGUUGUCGACAAGGUAGAGACUGUGCAAUUGCCUACAUACCCGAAUGUAAAAUAGUUUAGGUUAAUCAUCACAUAGAAGAGCGAGGAUGAUGUGAAUAUAAAGUUAAAAGUUUAAGAUUUAUAGAAGAGAAUGAUGUAAAUCUUGAAAUUUGUCAAUGACAAGUGCUGAAAAUCAUCAAAUUCUGAUAACUUGCCAUCAAUUUCAAUCAUUCUCUACGCAGUCGGCAGUUUGCCAUUGGGUAGAAUUGUUGAUUUAGCAUUGUAUCGAGCGUAUUCUGAUUGCACAUUUUCUUCCAUUUUCAUUUGUAUCUCAGAUGCUAGUUAAUGUAACUACUGUGCGUGUAAAUCGCUUCUUGGAAAUGUGCAAUUAGGAGCAACCAAGUACAUUUUUGUUUCUAGGGAACUAGUUAAGUUCAGUUUUAGUGUUUUGAAUGUACUAUCAUUUUUUUAAAUAUUGUUUUCGUUAUAUUGUGAUAUAAACGUUAGUUAAUAUGAACAGGGUUCUUAGUUUCCUUCAUCUUUUUCUAUAUACAUUGAAACUAUGUAGUAAAGAGUACAUGAGCGAUGAAUGCAUGAGACGACAUAACUAAAUACUGACAAUGAAGUGGGAUGAUGUUGCAAUAAAAACAAUAAAAAUAAAAUUAAUAAAUAUGUCAAUACAAUCAGAAAA